AUGACAAAGAAAACCAAGCCCCAAAAAGCCAAAUCGAACCCACCCCCAGGCCCGGGACAAAGCCACAGAAUGCUACCGGAAAACCCCCACAAUGUUCCUCUUCCAAACGAUACAACUGAGGGCUUAAGUGAGACUGACUUUCCCCCGCUCCCAAAUAGUCCCACCGCCGAAACCGUCCCAACGCUGGGCGGUCGCAAGGGCAACUCACCUGACGACACCGUUGGUGGUGUCGGCGAGACCGCCCAGAGCGCCCUACCGAGCACCGGUGGUCUGUCAGUUCCCGGCGUCACCGAUACUGGAAAGAAGAAUGGCGAGGAUGACAAGGGCAGCCUCCAGAUCAAGAUUCACCUCAACUUGCACGCAAAGGUCAAGCUCGAGCUGGACGCCCAGAUCUACGGGGACAUUGUCAUUGGACUGCUGUAG